ACUAGAGACUAAACCACAUCAGAGAUUCAGAGCGCUCAUGAAAUUCUCAGCCCAUCGGUGUCACCAAUGUGGCGGGGUCCGGACUCCUGUGUUUGUGAUAUCAGAGAAUGCAUAUGGCUUGAUCAUCAUGGCUAUAAUAAUAUUGGCCGCGAGAAGGAAUGCAGCAUAAAUACACCCACAUUAUUCUGUCUGCUCUCAACUUUUCACCCUGAUCAUGAAUCCCGCCAGAGCCUUCAAUCUUGCAGGAAUGUCAAGGGCUUUGACUGAACCCACCCGAGCUGGCGCUCAAUUUAAAAAAAGAAUCAUUGUGUGCUGCGAUGGAACUUGGCAAGACGGUGUGAUGGUGAAGGAGUGUUGGAAACGCACCAACAUCCUGAAACUAUCGAGGGGAUUAAACCAUGCAGAUGAACGAUCGGGCGUUCCGAUCCAGCAGAUCGUGUACUACCAGUGUGGUGUUGGAUCAGCGCAAAAUUUAUAUUCUCAAUAUGUCGAUGGUGCGACAGGAGGAUCCCUUGGUGAAAAGGUCCAAGAGGCUUAUGCGUUCAUUUCCCAAAAUUACCACCCCGGUGAUGAAAUAUUCCUCUUUGGCUUCUCUAGGGGUGCAUAUACUGCACGGAUGGUAGCUAUGUUCAUCGGUGCCAUCGGUGUCCUAGACCGCACCGACAUGGAUCACUUCCCCGAUAUAUUUUUUUGGUAUCAACAACUUGGUAAAGAGACCGACCCAAAAAAGAUCGAACAGCUGGAGGCGUCUUUGAGCAAGUGGACCUCCCACGAUUCACGGGGUAAGAGCAGAGCUGACUCUGAUAAUGACUCUUUCUCCAUAAAAUGUGUCGGUGUCUUUGAUACUGUCGGUUCGGUCGGUCUACCUGAAGAAUUGACACAUAAGUCGCCUUCCACAAAAUCCAUUUUUGGCUUCCCCAACAAUGAACUUGGGGAACAUAUUGAACGUGCAUAUCAGGCGCUUGCCAUUAACGAAACAAGACUAGACUUUGACUGCUGCAAAUUUGCGCAAACGGAAGGUGGACGACGGAAAGGGCAGAUAUUGAAACAGUGCUGGUUUUCUGGUGAACAUUCAGAUAUCGGAGGUGGCUGGCAAGAACAUGACUUGUCUGACAUAACUCUUACGUGGAUGGUGGCCAAUAUCGGCGACAUGUUGUCCAUUGAUAUUGCAUACAUAGCUUCGCUGCCAGAUCCAGUCGCGCCUUGGGGAGAGCAGCAUCCACAUGAUCCGCGCACCGGUAUAUUCGUAUUAUCGGGGACAAAUGUCAGAAAACUUCCGACAGUCACGGACAACAUCACACACGAAACAAUCCACCCCUCUGUUCUCCAACACAAACAUCCGAUCCAAUUUGAUCAUGCUCUUCUUUGUAAGUUGCUACCUUUCGAGGAAGAGCUACAGAAGGCUUGGCCAUAUAUCGAAGGGAAACACCAAGUACAAGGAGACGUGCAAUCAGUAACUUCUGUCUCCUCUUUGUUCUUCAGCUCGACCAGGCAGGCUGACUCGGGUUGUGACGUCCUUGAGACACAAGUUACAACAUCACAGACUACCGAUGACGGUCACACCCAUACAUCUCGGCUUGCAAGCAUCCGACACAUGUUGGCGCGGUACUGAAUAGAUACUUCUAGAUCACGAGUCUUUCUUGAUGGAUUGGAGCUUGGAUAUUACAUUAUUAUAUAUGUAUCAUGUAUACCACUUCUGUAUUAUUAUUACUCCUUUCCUACCUUUAACGUUUUAACGCGUGGGUGAACAUCAUGUUACAUGUCGAC